AUGUUCCGGGCUAAGCAGAUCCAGCCGGUAGACGACUCGCUGUCCUGGAGGUUUCCAGAAGAUCCAGUGGAUUCGGUGAAGGUGGCCCCUGUCAACUUUGAACUGCGGCAACCAAAGACUGACAACCGCGUUGCUGUGAGGUGUGGGGAAAGCAGGAUCCAGGUGGAAGUGAGCCAGGACUUGCUGGGCCUUGGCAAGCUGAUAGACCCAGAGGACAUCACACUUGGUGGCUGUUCCCCUACUGGGAUCGACGACUGGGCUCAUGUGCUGGUCUUUGAAUACGAGCUGCACAACUGUGGCAGCAAACGAGUGAUUACCGAGGAUGACUUGAUGUAUGCCUUCACCCUGAUCUACGACCCCAAAGUGUCUGACGGGAGUCAGAUCACGAGGAGCCAGAGUGCCGUCAUUGGAGUAGAGUGCCACUACACAAGAUGA